UUCAUUAAUAGUCGACCGACCAUGGCCGAACCGACGUAUACCGUGUUUGUACGGGUACCCAUGCCUCGAGGCGACUUUGUUGACCCUCCACCGGUGAACUGGGACCUUGUCAAAGAUGAGGCUUUAUGGAAGAUCCUUUCUGGAGCUGCAGAGAGGCAGAUUGAUUGGGACGAAAUCGCCGAUCGCUUUGAAGUCUCGGUAGACUUUCUUCUCCAGCAAGUUGCCUGGCUCACCGAAAGACAUGCUUCGCAGGUCCGCGCACAAGUUCGCAAGGCUACCGCUGCCGUCCGUAACUCUGGUCCCUCUCCUGUCCCGAGCGGCGAACCCGCUGGUUCCGGCCAUCAACGAGCGCACUCCGCUUUAUCCUUUCGAAGAGACUCGCCACGUAAUGAAGCCGGAAGUGGUACAGGUACACCUCUUCAUUCAUCGAUGCGACCACUAGUCGCGCGGAAUACAUCAACCAAUACUACCGUCUUGAGGGAUAUGACAGGGGCACCGGCUUCACCUCGACCGGGUGUUGGAUUAGCCUCGCGAGCCGGUGACAGACGUCGCCUUUCAUCACUACCCAUCACAUCAGUUCCAGACAAGUCCCUGGAGCAAACAGCUCAGCCAGAGCUUUCACCAGAAGAACGAAGCCCAUCACCAGGUCCAGCGGAGGAUAGCUCACCGACAUCAUCCGAUGAUGAAUCCAUCCCUGCUCAGUCUCGUAUAAUUCGCCGCCCACCGCGAUAUCAGCCGCCUGAUGGUGGACAAUACGAAGACGACGACGACGACGAAUCUGAGCCUGCUUUUCAACCCUAUACAUCUCCUUCCAGCAAGACUUCUGCUCAGGACCUCGGCUCGACUCUCAGGGGGGAUAAGCCUGUUUCUGGUAAACGACCUCACAAGAGUCACGGAAAACCCGCCAUCCAUAAAUCCAAUACAUCCGACUCUUCAGCCAGCUCUGCCGCCAUAAUACAAAAACCAGAUAAGACUGAUAGAUCAACUGAGCAGCGGACACCUGGUCCUCUCUCACCACAUCGGCCUGCCGAAUUGACCGGACGUAGCCCAGGAGGUAAGGAUAAGGGUUACUCUCGUGAAGGGAGCGAAGGAACCCCUAGCAUGGGCAGCAGUUAUAGUGAUCUUGACGAUGCCUCUGUUACUCAGUCUGCAUUGGAGGAAGCAUUGGCUAGCCACAUGAAUAGUAGGGGGGCGGGAAGCCGCUUUAGUAUAAGCCAGGCUUUCCGCAGCCGCUAUACCUCCAGCUCUAACCAGUGAUUCGACCAACAUUUGUUUGUGAUAUUGCUUUUUAUGGACACUUGGCAUGGAGUUUGGAAAACCGGGAAUGAUUGUAUGCAUCAAGAAUGGCGUUUGCUGUAAGACGUAGGCCUUGUUGUUUUUGACACGGAAGUCGAAUAUCCCACCUCUACUGCUUGGCAGAAUAGAAAGAAAGCCGGCAAUGAAAUUUCAGUAUCUGAUAAACUGUGUAUUGUGAUUGUUGAUUUGAUGUACUGCAGGUUUGGUGAUGUCGCAUGCCACAAUCAGGCACGGCGAUCAGGAGGACAAUUUGCUGCAGGAAAACUGCGAGC